CCGAGGUAAAACUGAGAGUACCACUUCUAAUAAGGGUCCUUGUCUCAACUCCAUGCGCCGUAAGGACCAGGAGAUGUCGCAGGGUCUCGUGACCGGCUGCUUGUUCUGAUGUGUGGGAGGACACGCGCCUGGAGGAGGAUGACGGCGGCGGUGGGACGGCUGGUUGGUUAGAGGAGAGUUUCCCAGGUGAUCGCAGAUGCCAGGAGGAUGAGGGAGGACACGGCGGGGCGGCUCGUCGCCCUCCUGCUGCCUGUCACCUGGGUGGUCGUUAAGGCAGCGGGGUCAGAAGGGGCCGCACCUCCGCCUGAUGUCCAUGUCAUAUUCAGCAAUGCGUUGGUUAUAGUUAACAUUUCAUCCCCGGAGUUUAUGUUUGACGUCAUUCUCCGAAAAAACGAUUCCAUCGAGGAGAAAUCUCGGGUUUCGAACGUGCGCAAUUAUAUAAUUCCACCCAACGAGCUUUUUCCUGAGCAAACGUAUUGCGUGAAGGUCGGCGUACGUGAUAAUCUGAUAAUGACUCCAUUCAGCCGAGAAAAAUGUUUCACAGCGCCCUCUAAAGCACCGCCGAAUAAUCUGAGGAUGGAGGCGCUAGACUUGAGGUACCUGCUGAAGUGGGACUGGGACUUUGAUCAGUCUCCGAAUGUCACAUUUUCUGUGGACAGGUGUCAGAAUCUCGCUGGAAGAGAUCGCUGUGCGAAAAUAAAGGGAUGUGAAAAUAUAACCGCCACUCAGUGUCACACAGCGUUGUCUUUCAAAGGGAUCCAUAUCCUCCGCGCCUCUGUGUAUGACGGCCGAAGAGAAGCAAAAAGCUCCAGCGCCAUAAAGUUCAUGCCACACGAUGACACUGUUAUCGGGCCACCAAAAGACUUGAUGAUGCGUAUUGUCAAUAAUGAAUUGUUCGUUAAUGUGAGUGCCCCCGAAGGGUUCAGAAAUAUAGAUAUAGAUGGCCUCUGUGGCUGGCUGACUCACCUGGAAUACUGGACCAAUUCUACGCACAGUUCGGAGGUAACGGUUAAAGAAGAGAAGCGGCCAUUUUUUAAGAUUGAGUCUCUGAAAGAGUCAGCCACUUACUGUGCAAAAGCAAAGAUGAAGUGCGAAGACGGUGACAGGAGCAGCCUGUACAGCCAGGUUUACUGCAUCACUACAGAUCCCAGGUCCUAUAUGGUUGAAUGGAUAAUCGGAUUCACCAUUUUUGGAGUAGUCCUGCUUUCUGGUCUUCUCUACAUCUGCUUCUGCCCCUUAAAGCGUUACAUCAAGCAUACCUUCUUCCCUUCCAGCAGACUGCCAUCAUGCAUCGAGCAGGGUUUUGGCGAGUCGUCGGUGGAUUCUACCAAUCGUCCGUUUUUACUGCCUGAAGAAGAGACCACAGACCGCUGCUCCAUUGUCCACAACUCCCAUACUGAAGAUUUGGUGCAGAUUCCUUCUAAAAGCUCCUCUCAGGCCAGCAGCCAGGAUUCUGGGAACUAUUCAGAUGAGGGUCAAAGCACAGGGGAGGCCGGAACGUGCACCCAGUGAUCCUUGUGUAUUGGGGAAGGUAUAGCUAUGGUCGGAGACUGGUGGUUCUCCUCCUACAGGCGAUGAUGGAGGAGGUUCAUAGAAGGGCCAGUCCAGAUCCGGUGGAGUGCUGCUCAGCUUCCCGCCACCCAGUUGCACAGCCCCCUCUUUCCAUGGGCAGCGACUUGAAUACAAACAUGCCUUGACAUGGAGGGGGGCGCAGUCUUUUUGAUAUUUUUCUUUGGUGCUUCAAUAGGGGCUUCCAGACCAUUUUAGACACAGAUCACCAUCUUGCAAGAUGUCCGUCAAGUACCCAGGCACAGCACGGCAAAUGGCCACAGAUCAGUCAUAUCGAUAUUGUGCUGGUCAGGGUAUGAAACUCUGACGUCAUCGGUAUUGAACAGUCGGACAACCCCUUUAACGUGGCCCCGGGCCAUAUAUAGGGUCUCUCCACUUUUAGUGGUUAGGUUAGGUUCAGAAUUCUGUGCUGUCGAAAUACUGUACUGUACAUUGUGGCACAGGUAAAGAGCUGCACAGAACAUGUAAUACCGCUCUGCUCUGUCGAGAGGCGCUAGGAGACAACUGACGCACUUUAGUCGUGCAGGCGUUGCAGAAUGUCCGUGCUGUUCGGCUAGAUCUUCCAUCCAACCACACGUGUUGCAGAUUGGUGUUGGCUUAAACCUUGUUCCAUCUUAGACAUUGCUGGAGUGUCACUAUCAUAUGGCAUCAGUGUCAGAUAGGUUCGGGUCCCAACUCCGGGACCUGCACCUAUCACCAGAAUGGGACCCCCGAAGUGAGCGGAGAACAGCUCUGCCGUCAGCUGGCUUAGCUAUUUCCUGCAGUCCCAUAGAAGUGAAUGGAGCUGUGUGCACUCUCCAUUGAUUUUUAUGGGACUUUUCUGAAAAUUGCAGAGCACGCUCAUUCUGCUUUUUUUGGAACUCCGAUAGAAAUGAAUGGAGAGCACAGUGCGCAUAUGAGUUGCACUCUACUUUCUGGGUCCCCUUCUGGAGAUAGGUGCAGGUCCCACCUCUAAGAUCCGUGCCUAUCUGACUUUGAGGGCUUAUCCUAGCGACAUGCCUGCAAGGUCUCAGAUAACACAAUCCCUUUAACCUAAAGCCAUUGUAACUGCAGUCACCACUAGUGGGAGCAUAGGAGCUACCGCAUCCCGUAUAUUAUUGGGGUCUAUGUAUGUACAGUAUGCAUUGAGCUCCCUCCAGUGGCGGUUGUAGGUAACAGCAUGUUCUCUUUUAAAUGUAUGUGUAUGCAGUUCUAACAAAAAAAAAAAACUGUUCUCCAAUCCUAUGAAGGCAUAUUACUGAGCACAGAAUAAAACAAACAAAAAAAAAAAAAAAAUUGAGGUUUAAGGACGGGCAUUCCCUUUAAAUAGUCAAUCUCUGUACUACACUGUUUUGGUGUACAUUUUAAGACUCUUUAUAAGAGUGUUUGUUUUUUAUGCAUUUUCCUUUACUGAUAUCACAUGCUUUUAAUACGCCAAAGAGUUACACAGGCCGGGGGUCUGACCCCGACCACCACGUGCCUAAAAUGAAGGAGGCAAAGUGCUCUCUGUAAAGUGUCAUGACCCCUUCAGCUUUUUGCUGCACUUUAAUGGGUUUGUGUUGCUAUUGUUCACAGAGCACUAGAUCGGGAGUUGAUAUACCAUACUUGUUAAUGGUUGGAGACCCCUUUUUCUCACCCAUCUCAUUGGGGGACACAGGCAUUGACCAUGGGUAUAGCUGUUGCCGCUAGGAGGCGGACACUAAGCACAAAGUGUAAGCUCCUCCCUCUUCAGCUAUACCCUUCCUGCAGGGACCAAGCUAAUCAGUUUUAGCUUAGUGUCUGUAGGAGGCAGACCUUCCUGCAUUGCAGGUCUGCUGAUUUACUAACUUUGUCUCUUUUUUUCUAGCGGGAAGCUUCAGGCAGUCCGGGUAAAAACUGCCUGCACUCCCACCCAGGAGACGGGAGACCAGGGGGUCACCCAAACCCCCUGUUUGUUACUGCUCUCUAGAAGAAAAGGAGGAUCAGAGGUCCCUGUAAAAACCUCUGUUUCCCGCCAGCAAGCGCAUCACCACGGCCUCUCCAGUGAAAGUCCCCUCCGUUUCUGGUGUAGCGUCCCUCACCAAGUGGCCGCGUGGUGAUCCGGCUGGAGUUAGGGGGGCAAAAGACGUCGGACAGGUGAGUAGGAGCAGUGCUCCCCUCCCUCCAGUAACCCCCUCAGUACCACCUCCAGUACCCCGGCCAGUAUUCCCUCCUCCCCACGUGUGGACUUGGGCAGCAAUCUCCGUUAAGGGUUAACAUACCGGGGACACUGCUGCAGCAAGGGGGUGGCUGCUUUCUUUGUACACGGCGCGCGUCUGCUGCGGCUUCCCGGGCUGACAGCGUCCUCUGGAGCGCACCGGGAGAGGAGGGGGCGGGGUUUACUCCCCUGGGCGCCGCUUCCGGGUCGGCGCAUCGGUUCUGGGGCAGCCGGGGCCGUUGUUUAUGGAGGCCCUGGCUUCUGUGCAGCCUAUUUAUGCAGGGUCCCCCCAUGGCUUAUUGUCCCUGGCCAAUAUGUGAGACGGCCCGUGGAUGCCGGGGGGGGG